AUGAAUUAUAUCACAGUUAUCUAUGGCAUAGCUCUAGUCGGAGAAGGGGAUACUUGCAGUCUGCUCACUGUCGCCAAUGCCGUCUCCCUCGUAGACUUCUACUUCCUCAACCCAGAGAUUGACGCCAGUUGCACCAACCUCGAGCUCGGGGAGGAUUACUGCAUCGCCGCAGUUGGAGACAUUAGCACCUACUUUGGCUACCCAGUCACAACGCCCUUGUCCACUGUGACAACAGCCAGCUUCCCCGCCGUCAAUACAUCAAUUCCCACGGCGACCAGUGAUCCGGGGUUCGUCUACACGCCAACCUAUCUCCCUACGGCCCCGGACACGCUUACUAACUGCCAACGAUACGCCAACUAUGACAACACCGCAUAUAACCUCAACUCUUGCAAUUCUUACACAACCGGCAGUGACGACACCAGCAGCAGUGACAGCGGACUUGGCUUUCUCUGCUUGUCCCUCAAUGCCACCGAGUCUACCACUGUCUCAAACUGCAACUGCUUCACCGGUGUCAAUGGCCACGAUAAAGGAGAAUACCAGUGUGCUGAUAUUGAGGAAGACUUCGAUAUCACGGAAGCCCAACUCCUUACGUGGAACCCCUGGCUCGGCACAGACUGUGAUACAAAUCUGUACGCUAAUCUUAACACCGAUACUCGUACCGUUUGUAUUGGGGUGGGUUCGAGCACGUCAACUACUGCUAUCACAACCCCUAGGAGUACUACCGCUACUGCUACGUCGGUAGCCCCAACACAAACUGGAUACAUCUAUGGGUGCCAGGAGUUCUUCACCGUCGAGUCUGGAGAUGAUUGUUCGACAAUGGAGACUGAGUUUGGAGUUACUCUUGCCCAACUCUACGAGUGGAAUCCCAGCAUUGGAAAAACAUGUACGAACCUUUGGCUCGGAUAUGCCUACUGCGUCAAGGGUCCCACGGCCACAGCGAGUAGCUCAGCUCGUGCGCCUACACAGACUGGCAUCGCGUCCAAUUGCAACGAAUAA